AUGGAACCGCAACAAAUCCGAGAACUGCUAGAAGCCCGAGGCAACACCAUACUAGUAUUCGGAGCGCAAACCGGGUCAUUCAAUAAAGCUUCCGUCGAUAUCGUGCGAUCCGGAAUCAGAAAUGGACCUAAAUUCUUCAUGCAGGCAGUGGAAGACCUCACUAUCUACUGGGAUGCAUUGGCUGCCAAAGCUCCUGAGAUAGAGCAGACUUUGCCUGGAAGAAGUCUCCUCGAAGACUUGAGUCGUAUUCUUACACAUGGACUGAAUGAGGAGAAGCGGCGACCAUACAACAUGCUCUGUCUUACAAUGGACUACAUCGCGCAGAUUUUACAGCAUUGGCAAUAUCUGCAGAUGGCAGAGGAAUGCCGAGAUGAAUCAAUGGAUCCUCAGGAAUCCUGGAUCGCACGCCACAAGGACAGCACAACGGCUACUUUGGGCUUCUGCACUGGUCUUCUACCCGCAUUCGUUGUGGCCAGCUCUCACAAUAUGCAUCAACUGGAACAACAUGCCGUCAUUGGUCUUCGCUUGGCCAUGGUUUCCAGUGCUAUGACCGAUGUCGACGAGGUUCUGAAUGGCAAUUCGAAUCAGUUCGCCACCAUCUGCCACGGAAACAAACUGGAAGAGGAGCUCGGUCGUAUCAUGAAGGAGCUAUCUCCGCAUGUCUAUAGCGCAGCCUCCUAUGAUAUUGGGUCCAGGACUGUCUGUGUUUCAGAGAGGGUGACCUCCGUAUUCUUAGAGCAGGCACGUGGCGCUGGCAUCAAGUGCCUGCAAUUGGACCUUCAUGGCCGUGUCCAUAAUUCAACCGACGCGGGAGGACGUGUCAUCUCGAUCCUGCUCCAGCUGUGCGAAGAAAUGCCCGAACUUCGACUUCCAGAUGCGUCGCAAGUGGCAAUCCCGACAUACAACAAUUUUGAUCCUGAGACGCCCUUGACUCAGGGUAGUCUGCAUGAAGCCGCUAUCGAAGGCAUACUCAGGUCACCCUGUCACUGGUACGAAACAUUCGUCUCCGUCUGGGCCUGUCUUGAUGACCCAUAUGUGAUAUCGUACGGCCCGGAGUGUGUGCCUCGAUCUCUUUUGUAUGGCAUCAAGUCUAAAGUCCUGCAUCUGGCCGACGUAAAGCCUCCCUCCCCUCUUCCCCAGGCUCCCGAUCCCGUUGAAGAGAUGGUUGCCGUGGUCGGAAUGGCCAUCAAAUCGGCCGGUGCAGACGACGUAGACGAGUUCUCGCAGAUGCUGCGCAGUGGUCAGUCCCAGCAUGCGGAGAUCAGCCCUGACCGUAUGAAAUUCAACCUUGAGUCGGAUUCCUCUCGCCAGUGGUUUGCCAAUAUGAUGCGCGAUGUUGAUGCCUUCGAUCAUCGAUUCUUCAAGCGCAGUCCGCGUGAAUCAGCCGCUAUGGAUCCCCAGCAGCGGCUUUUCCUACAGUCUGUAUACCAGGCGCUGGAGAACGCAGGAUAUUUCUCCUCUGUCGUGCGCACUGGUGAAGCCCCAAAGGACGUCGGAGUUUUUGUGGGAUCGACGAUGAAUGACUACGAGCACCAUUCCACCUGCCACGAUCCCACUGCUUUCACUGCGACUUCCCCCAAGAGCUACAUCCCUGCUAGAGUUUCCCAUUUCUUUGGCUGGACGGGACCAACCAUUGUCUACGAUACAACCUGUUCCUCGUCAAUGGUUGCUCUUCACUACGCCUGCCGCAGUUUGCUCUCUGGCGAGUGCUCCGCUGCUAUUGCCGGCGGUGUCAAUCUGAUUACUCUCCCUAGUACAUUCCGUGCUCUAGCUGUCGCCAACUUCAGCAGCCCCACAGGCCAAUGCAAGCCAUUCAGCCAUGACGCCGAUGGCUACUGUCGUGCCGAGGGAAGUGGUGCCGUGUAUCUCAAGCGCAUGUCAGAUGCCGUGCGUGAUGGAGACCGAAUUCUGGGCUCCAUUGCCAGCACUGCCAUUUUCCAGAACCAGAACAUCACUCCAUUCUUUGUUCCCAACUCUGCCUCGCUCGCUCAAUUGUAUGAUUCGGUCAUUGGCAAGGCAAAUAUUGACCCCUCCUAUAUCUCUGUUAUGGAGGCUCACGGCACAGGCACCCAGGUCGGUGAUGCUGCCGAGUAUGCCAGUAUCAAGCAAUGUGUGGUUGGUUCGUUGCGAGCAAAUAACCUGUUUCUGGGAUCGGCCAAGGGUCAUGUUGGCCAUGCUGAGGGCACUUCAGGCAUCAUCUCUCUGAUAAAGAUCCUCACCAUGAUACAGGAUGAAUUCAUCCCGCCGCAGGCCAGUUUUACCAAAAUAUCCCCCCAUCUAAACUUCAAGCAAGCCGAUAUGAUUGAGAUUGCUACUUCCUUGCAAAAAUGGCCCGAAGGACCCCGUACAGCAUUCAUCAGCAACUACGGUGCCACCGGAUCCAAUGCCGCCAUGGUCAUUACGAGCCCUCAGAAGAAGUCAACGCAGCCAGAACAGGAACAUGCCGUUCCUUUCUGGGUUUCAGGCUUUGACGAGCAAAGCGUCACCGCGUACUGUCCAAGAUUGGCAGCCUAUCUCCAAACCAACCCUUCGACUACCCUUUCGAACCUCUCCUAUCAUCUCAGUCUGCAGUCCAACCGUGCCUUACCUCAGCGUGUUCUUUUCACUUGCCAGACCAGACAGGAACUGGAGGAGAAGCUCAAGGAAUUCUCAAACGGUGCAGUCAAGGCGGAAAUAACAAGUGUUGGCAAGGAACGCCCUGUGAUCCUCUGUUUUGGUGGCCAAACAAACUCCUACAUCGGUCUCCAUCGCUCAGUCUACGACAACAUUCCUCUGUUACGCCGCCACCUUGACCAGUGCGAUGCUGCUAUCCAGGCUGCUGGGUGCAGCAGCAUUCUCCCGGAAAUAUUCUCCAAUGAGCCCAUUACCGAUCAGGCCCAGUUGCAAGCCAUGCUCUUUGCCAUGCAGUACUCUUCCGCGCGCUCCUGGUUAGACAGUGGCUUGUCAAGUAGAGUUGCUGCAGUCGUGGGUCACAGCUUUGGUGAAUUCACUGCACUCUGCAUCUCUGGAGCUUUGUCCUUGGAAGAAACUGUCAAGUUGGUGGUUGCCCGAGCAAGGCUGGUACGUGAUGUGUGGGGUGAAGAUCCUGGAGCCAUGCUCAUGGUCAAUGGGGAUGAGAAUCUCAUCAAUCUGGUGCUCGAGGAAGCCAAUGAAAGUUACCAGGGCUCUUUCCCUGCCGGUAUCGCCUGUUACAAUGGACCCUACCACUUCACUCUGGCCGGAUCCACUGAGGCUAUUGAUGCCGUGGGUGUCGUCUGCGAAUCCAUUUCAGGGAUCAAGACAAAGAGACUUCGAGUCACAAAUGCUUUCCAUUCCACUCUCGUCCAGCCUCUUCAGGAACACGUGGAAGGUAUUGCGAAGGGAAUUUCACUGAAGCAGCCCGCUAUUCGCCACGAAAGAGCGACUGAGUCCCGAAGCACCGCGUCGUUCAACGUCUGGGAGCACAUGAGACAGCCGGUCUACUUCCACCAUGCCGUCAAUCGUCUCGCUGAGGACUUCCCAUCCUGCGUAUGGCUUGAGGCAGGAUCUGGGUCCGGUGUGACCUCUAUGGCCAGUCAGGCUCUUGGCACCGCCGCAUCCUCUCAUUCCUUCCAUUCCCUCAACAUUACUGACGGUCAAAGAGGAUUGGACAGCCUUGUGGCUACAACUAUGUCUCUAUGGAAGCAGGACAUCCCCGUUACCUUCUGGGGCCACCACACCUCUCAGAAUGCAAAGUUUACGCCGCUCUCUUUGCCACCCUAUCAAUUCAACAAUGCCCGGCACUGGCUGGAACACAAAGAAAUCUCGACUGGCCCCCAGCAGGUGAAGGAGGCGGAGAUCGCCGACCUGGUUUCUUUAGUGGAAGGCCGAGGCUCUGGCUCUGGGCCCUGCUUUGCCGUUGAUACUACAUCCAAGUUCUACCAGGAUUUGAUCAACGGUCAUGUGUUGGGCAAGCUGGCCCCCGUGCUUCCUGUUUCUGCGCAGAUUGGCAUGGUAGUUGUCGCCUUGUACAGCAUCCACCCACAGUGGACCAAGGGCCGCUUCCAGUAUUCCGUCCACGACAUGGUUAGUGAGACUUAUAUCUGCGUUGACCCUUCACGCAAGUUCUGGUUGGAGUUCUCAGUGUCAGAUGAUCAGCGACUUAUCUGGGGCUGGGCAAUAACCAGCACAGACAAGGCCGAGAAGGCCGAACGCAAGUUGGUACAUGUUGAAGGCAGUCUGCACAUCCACCCCCCUGAUGAUGACGUGUAUAACACGAAAUUCGAGGCUUUGGAAAAAACGAUCUCGCACCGAGAAUGUGUUGAAAUCCUUGGUGCAGGCCUGGAAGACGAUGAGAAUGUCCAUGUUGUGCAGGGAAAAACGGUUUACCAGGUCAUUGACAGCCUGGUGUCCUACGGGAGCAUAUACCGCUGGACUAAACGUAUCGUAGGCCGAGCUGGCAUCGCCGCCGGUGUCGUGCGGAAGCCCAUCAGCUCAACCUAUGAUCCUGGAUUAGGUGAUGCAUUCUGCCAAGUUGGCGCCGUUGCAAUCAACUGCAUGACCGAAGCCAUCUCACCCAAGAAUAUCUGGGCCCACAACAAAUGUGGCCAACAGCUCGUCUCCCCGACAUACACUAGAAGCUCGGAGACAUGGCAUGUCCUGGUGCAUCACCGGGCGAAGACAGACCGGAUCCAUGAGAUGGAUAUUUAUGUGUUCGACCCCACCAACGGUCAACUGACACAGGCUAUCAUUGGGGCGCAGGCUGUGCAGGUCCCAAGGACAUUUUGGGAUGAGGUUCUUAGCUCGCUUACCACAGACAAAUCUGCACUCCAAGGCAACGGACAUGAUCAUGGCCUUUUCAACCCGAAAGGCAACGACCCACGGCCAGCCACACGGAAGGCAGAACGUGCAUCUAGCCAGAACUAUGAAGAUGUGUUGGCCGAGGUUCAAAGUAUGGUUUCAAAGCUCCUGGGAGUUCCUGUGGCCGAUGUCAAGCCGGAAUCUCAGCUGGCCGAUUUGGGCAUGGACUCCUUGAUGGGCGUCGAGAUGGGAUCUGACAUGGAGGCCGCUUUCAAGUGUUCACUCGACCAGGGAGACAUGAUGGAUGCAACGAGUGUGGAGCAGCUGGCCGGGGUCAUCUGGGACACGAUUGGCGGGGGCGAUUCGGCCGUGGAGAUUUUGACUGACUCGUCGCUCACUGAUGACGAAGAAAGCAGUUCUUCCAAUAGCCAGUCGUCUGCUGAUGAUGUUAUGCCUUUCAACCGAGGGGAUAUCAAGAAGCGCCGGCGUCUCGUUCGGGGCUUUGUCGACCAAUAUGCGGCCAACUUUACUACUCCUGUCCUAUCGGCUGAAGCUGCAAGCGGCGAUGCAUCGAGGAAGGCUGUGGUGGUCGUGACUGGUGGGACAGGAAGCUUGGGGUCGCACGUUGUCGCCAGACUGGCCGAGAGUCCCUCAGUUGGAACAGUUGUAUGUCUCAACCGGCCUGGAAAUGCAGACUCGGCAUUGAACCGCCAGCAAGAUGCGAUAUUCUCCAAGGGCAUCGAAAUGUCGAACGUGGCUCUUGAGAAGAUCCACGUUCUGGAAGCCACCACAUCGGACUCGAAGCUGGGACUGUCCGAGGAAGACUAUACCUGGCUGUCCAACAACGGAACUGACAUCAUGCACUGCGCCUUCCCCCUCAGCCCGACCCAAACAGUGAAGGGGUUCGAAAAGCAAUACGCGGUGAUGCGCAACCUGAUCGACCUCGCACGGGAGAUGGCUGGUAACCAGCCCAGCCAGAACGACCAGCGGCGCCGAGUUGGCUUCCAGUUUGUUUCUUCCAUUAGUGUAGUUGGCUUUGCCAAACAGCACCCUGUUCCAGAGGAGCUUCGAGGGAUCGAGUGCACACAGCCCAUGGGAUACUCCGAGGCCAAGUGGGUAUGUGAGCACAUUCUCGAGGCCACUCUGCGCCAGCACCCAGACUUUUUCCGCGCUAUGACAGUCCGCUGUGGUCAGAUUGGAGGAUCUAGCAAGACUGGAUUCUUCAACAGCAACGAACACGUGCCAUUCAUGAUCAAGUCUGCCCAAAAUCUGCGCGCUUGGCCCGAUCUCGAUGGACAUGUCCUGUGGGUUCCUGUUGAUCAUAUUGCAUCCGCCAUGACCGAGCUCAUCCACGUGGAGGACGCUAUUGAUGACAAGUCUAUCCCCAAUACUAUCUACCAUAUCGAACACCCAGUCGGCAGAACCUGGAAGGACUACAUCCCGGUGAUGACCAAGGCGCUUGACAUCCCCGCCGGAAGUGUCAUCCCAGUUCAGGAGUGGGUCAAUAUGGUCAAGACCUCCAAGUUGGAUCGAAGCUCCAACCCAGCAUCUCUGUUUGGUGAUUAUUAUUCAGGCUAUUACGUGCCUCUGAUGUGCGGGCGGGCUCUAGACUCAACACAGAGCAGGGCGCAUUCGAAGACGAUGGCAGAGUUGGAACCUAUCAGCGAUGACACAAUGAAGUUGUAUAUUGACGCGUGGAAGGAAUGUGGAACUCUUAGACACUGA